GCUUAGCAGCAGUGUAUUUCAAGCCGAGGGUGUUCUGCAGCCGUCUGAUUUUGGUGACCUUGAGUUAAGCUUUCCGGCACCUUUCCGGACCUGGGACUUCAUAAACACAGAAACUGGCUUUGCUCUGAACUUCAUGAACUCGUCUUGGAAUGGCUCUGCUGAGACCAACGUCUACCAACGGGGAGACCUGCUGUACCUACAGGCAUCGGUGUCAGGGGUUCCUGGUCGUGAGCUCUACAUACAGUCCUGUUAUGCUACACCAUCACUGGACCCAGCUGAUGAAUCCAGAUAUACCCUCAUUCUCAACAAAGGGUGUGUGUCCUCCAAGCAGUCUGUGGUGAAGUUUGUCUCCAGACAGAAUUGCUCCAUUAACUUAAUUUUGCACACGUCCACUCUGAAGUUCUCGCAGGUGUAUGUGCACUGCAGUAUGGUGCUCUCCCAUUAUGGGCUGUCCCCAAGCACCAAGUCCUGCAAUUACAACAAGAAUGCAUCCAGAUGGGUUGAGUUGGGAGGCCAGACUGCAGUAUGUGACUGCUGUGCGUCUAGAUGUAGAGGGCUUCCUCACUACAGGGGUCUCCUUGGAGAGUUUAUGGUGCUGGUGAGCACUGUUCCUGUGACUAUUGUGGAACAGCCAUCGUCCAUUGGGGCCUCCCAAUUUGGAGCUUCAGCCAUUGAUGCUGGAAAAGGCUGGACUGUGUCUGGAGCAGCACAGUCUUCUACUGAGAGAGGGUGGGUUGCAUCUGAAACCUCAGGGGCAGGCAGCUCUGUGAGAAACAAGCUCAACAGCUCCCCCUGGUGGUCCCAACCUGCAGUCACCAAUGAAGUAAUGGUCAUAAACCAAGAUCUUGGAGAUGCUUUGUCUUUGUGGCUGCCAGGGCUGAUGGUAGAUAUUCAAUCUAAUCCAGUUUUCAAGAUGGAAAUUGACUCUCAAAAGGUUAAAGGCCACAUUCCUAGCCUAAGCAGUCCUUUAACUGAAGAACUGCUCCUAGAUGACUAUGGAGCAGAGGGCCAGAAGGAAGAACCUUUAAAGAUAUCUUCAGAGCUGAAGUCUCCAAACCAGGAGCUCCCAGGUGUGGCUGACUGGCUUGCAGCUGAUGCACCAGAUCUGAGGAGUGAAGAGCUUGAUUCUAGUGACACAAAUUAUGCGAGUGACUUUUGGGAGAACCAGGAGGAGGGAGAGGAGCUGAGGGGUGACGUCUUUGGGAACUUCAGCCCGCACUCUCCUGUGGACGAGUCCGCUGAGGAUGUCCCGCCCCUCCAUGCCGACGGUCCCAUCUCUCAACUGCACAAUGCACUAAAAAACAAGAUCCGUGGCAAGACUGAAAGCGAGGACGAAGUUGUGGUUCUCUCUCGGACAGAAAUGCUCUUCAAGAGGGUUAAAGAUGUGCAGUUGGAACCCCUGAAGCAAUCCAAGCUGACCCUCACCCAGGAUCCAGAUGGAUCCAGUUCUCUCCGUUAUGAGGAACAGCAGAGGACGCCCUACAUGGCUGACCAGGAAGUCAGGAAAACCUGGCUGGAUCUGGGAAGGAAAGGUGUUGGAGAAGGCCGUCGAACUCAACUGGGUACUGGGGGAGAACUGAUGGUGUCCCUCUUGGACCUACUGAGAGGUCUGAACAAGGCAGUGACAUCCAUGCACUCGGUAUGAAGAGCUGUUGUCCCUCUUUUAAAUAAAGGCUUCUCAGG